CGCGUGAUCGUGUAAUCCGACCCACGGACCCCAAUAUCCUCAACUCGGAUACGCUUACGCUUCACCUUCCUAGGAUACCGGUAAGCGUGUUUCCAAACACCUCUGCUCCUCUUGAACCCAUCUGCUCCUGCUCCCGCCACCGCCAUAAUCAUCGUAUUUCCGCCGUCGGAACCGCCUAUCUCCGGUGAGAACGCAAUGCCUAUCGAGAGUAGCUAGGUUUUGCUUUGUCUCUUCGAGGGAAACGAUUCGCUUGAUUGUGAAAUUACAGAAGAAUAAAUUCUUCUGCGAUUAGGGUUUCGAUAGGUGAAGCGAGAAUGUUUACGAAUAAUCGAAGACAAGAGGAACGCACUGGAAAAUACGGCACUCCGAGGCUUCAAUACCUUCAGGAACUGGUGAGUCAGUUUCAGAAUGCUACCGAUGAAGAAGCUAAGGAAAAGAUUGUUGCAAAUUUGGCAAAUUUCGCAUAUGACCCUUACAACUACACUUUCUUACAUCAGCUAAAUGUCUUGGAACUGUUCAUAGACUGUAUAACAGAACCAAACGAGAAGCUCGUGGAAUUCGGGGUCGGGGGUAUAUGCAAUGCCUCUGCCGAUCCAAAGAGUGCUGCUAUUGUGACCGAGGCCGGUGGGAUUCCUCUGAUCAUCAAAUGCUUAUCCAGCCCGGUUCGGAACACUGUGAAUUACGCAUUCGGGGCUCUGUAUUAUCUGUGUAAUGCAUCAACAAGAGAGGAGAUUCUGAAGCCAGAAGUGGUAGAGCUGAUAAAGAGAUAUGCAGACGCAGCGUCUGUUAGUGUAAGCUUCAGUAAUUUGGCCAAGGCAUUUCUUGACAAGCAUGUUGUCCAUCAUGCAACUACAUGACAUAUUUCCGUAUAUAUAGUUUUGUACGCUAGUUUUAUGUAUCGAUCUGAUUCUGGAUAUACUCUUAUACUAUAGUUUUAUGUAUCGAUUGGAUUCUGAAUGAGUGGUUAGUACUUAGUAGAAUGCAGUCGAUGAAUA